CGAAAGAAGGAUCGAUAGAUUUUUGUUAAAAAUAUUGUAGACUUUUUCUUAAAUGAAAAUGAUUUAUGAUUAUAUAUAUUUAUAUAAUUCUACAGCGAUUAAGAUAGUUUAUACAGGAUGAAAUUGAAAUGAAUCACAGUGUCCAGAACUCCAAAAGAAUAACCUGAUGUAAUUGUUUUGGAUAAAUAUUGUUUAUUGAUUUUCAAGUUCCAUUUAAAGAUUAAAGUUAAAAUAUAAUAAAAUAAUGAAGACGAAUGAUUUCAUAUAUAUAAAGCAAGAUAAUGUUUUAUAUACAACCACCAAAAGGGUUGGUAACGUUGCAUACUCUAGAAGAAAUAGUUUUUUCUCGUUUAGACUAUUUAAAUGUUUUAAAAGCUAAUAAAGUUGAAGCAUUUAAUGGCAAAUUUGAAUAUUUACUUGAAGGAUCAAUUCAUGAUUGUAUUGGACAUUUCAUAUUGAGAUUUUUUAUGUCAAAGACUGAUGAGCUAUUUUCCUUGUGGAUUAGAAAAGAAACAUUUCUCUUAAAACAUAGACUAUCUGUCAUUCGAGCAAACCAGUUAUAUAAAUUAUUGAGAACUAUUUUGAAACAUGUGAUUAGACGUGAAAAUUCAAUUAACUCAGUAGACAAUGUUUUAAUCAAUGUUUGUACAUUAUAUUUAACUCCUAAAGUGUUCAAGCAUAUUGUUUCCAAAUCUCAUCCUGAAUAUUGCACUAAAUAUCACCAUAAAAUCAAUUUUGAAUUAUUACCAGAUUUAGUAGAAAGAAGAGCUGUUGAACUUUAUAAGGGCUUAGCAACAGUUUACUGCUCACAGUGGAAAGAUUUGCUGCAAUCUCUCUUUCAAACUUUUAUAUCUCUGGAAAUAAAAAAUCAUCAUUCUUUGAUAGAAAACAUCAUUGCAGAUCCACGUUUAAGUAUCAUUCAUAAGAAGCUGCAGCAUUAUUUGUUUACCAAAGGUUACAACACUGGGAGGAUAACAGCUUCAAAUAUAGAUAACGAAGCUUUUAAUUUUCCUCCUUGUAUGGCUCAUCUACACUCUGAACUACAACGUAAACAUCGCCUCAGUCACUAUGCGCGUUUUUAUUACACAUUAUUUUUAAAAGAAUGUGGGAUGAGCCUAGAAGAAGCAUUUUUGUACUGGAAGCAGGAGUAUUCUAAACCCCAUAGCUGUACAUCUUCAUGUGUUCAUGAUUGGCAAACUAAUGUUAAAAAGUUUACUUAUAGUAUUAAACAUAUGUAUGGGUUGGAAGGUGGACGAAAAAAUUACCAAACUCCAUCAUGUCGCGGAAUCCAAGAACACAUUCCUAGUGCAAGUUAUGAGGGUGGAUGUCCUUUCAAGAAUUUUGACAAAGAAUCUUUAAAAACUUUUCUACUUAAAACUAUGACUGAUACUGAGGCAGGAAAAUUUAUAACAAACAGUUUCGAAGAGGAUCCUCAAAUCUCUUGCGCAAAUAUCUUCAAACUAAAAAGUACAAUUACAAUCAAAGAUAUUACCAUUACCAAACCAGUCCAGUAUUAUUUACAAAUAAUUAACUUUAAUCAAGUUUGAUUCUAUUGAUCUAUUUUCUUUUGUAUACAGCUUUAUAUUUUUUUUUGCAUUUUGAAAGUAAUGAAUUAAGUUUACCAUAUUGAUUUUUUUAUUUGUUAAAAAAUAAAUUAUUAUAUUUUUACCUAUA